CUCUGAUUGUUACUUUAUCAGUAUUUGAAAAAAUUUUUAACUUAAAAAGUAUCUCGAUAGCAUACAUUUUUUUUUAAUUUAGCAAUGAAUUGUUUAACAAUUUUUGUUAUCGCUUUGAUGAUUUUAGCCACUGAAUCGUUUUUCGUGGGUUUCAAUCGAAGAAUAUCUUUUACAUACAACAAAUGUCAAAAUCUUCAUGAAAACGUCAACAGUAAUUCGUUCAUUGAAUGUUUUCUCAAGGAUCUUGAUUCGAUUAACGAUAAAUACGAAUUUAAUGCAGACGCAUUUUUAAGAGUUUUCAACAAACGAGUGGAUUAUAAAGAGCUGAAAAAAUCUGAAUUUUUAAGGGAGUAUAAUGAUUGCAUCACCACGGUUAAUUCAGAGGACGAUCGUGGUCCACAAUUGAUGAAAAUAACUAUUAAGGCUAUUCAAUGUAUGAAUACAUUCAAAAAACAGGUACUUCCUGCAACUUAUUAAUAAAAUAUGGCAGAAGUUGUAUGGAUAAAAAAUUAUGUAAAAGAAAAUUAACUUUAAAUCACUGAUCUUACAUGUAUGAAAAAGGUUUAAAUAAACUAUCAAUAAUAAUCCAG